UGCACUCGUCUUUCUACUCUAGUUCAUCCCUAUACUGUCCAAACCCCUUAUGCAAGAGUUAACCAACAUCUUCACUCUUUCAUCCCCUACACUGGUAAACUCUGGAACAGCCUCCCUUUGUCUGUACUUCCUCCUGCCUAUGACUUGACCUCUUUCCAGAGGAGUGUAUCAAGACACCUCUCCUCCCGAAAUUGAUCUCUCUUUUGUCUAUUGUAUAUUGUGGGAGCAGGGUGUAGCGGGCUCUUUUUUUCUACACUCUCUUUGUUGCCCUUGAGCUGUCUCCUUUGUUAUAGAAAAAAAAAGUAGAAACAGGAGGUAAGAGCUCCCGCUAGGUGCUACUGCAGACGGGGACGAGUAAAGGCAUGACAGAACGGGGGCAUACGCUAUAGGUGAGCGUGGCCGAGGUACUCAUCUCCGUCACAUUGGCCCUGGAUCAUGAGGUGGGUAAAAAAAAACAAUACCUCGAGACACAGGGUACAAGAGCAUGCCACCAGGACUAUCUGUCUUGAGGGGCCCACCCAAAAGCAAUUGAGUGAUAGCGCACCAUGUUAUCGCAUAGGCUACAGCGGGAAGACAUUACAGUCUGCAGGCCACAGGCCUGCCCUCACAAGUCGAAUGCUGAUAAGUUCGGCCAGGCUGGGGCAGUCCAAAUUGCCUAUCAGUGGUUGCCCUUGCCAACAAGAUAAAAAAAACAACAAAAAAAAAAACAGUAGUGGAAUACCACCAUACCAACUGCUUCAUUGUCGUCUUGUCCUCAGCAGUGAAGGAAGACAUUGUUGUUUACAGCUGCAUCACCUACGGUUUGAAUCACUUCUAGCUAGAAAAAUCUGGACCAUGAUUCGCUCAGCGGCGUCCAGGGCGUGGCGGGCGUGGGCCGCAGCCUCCACUAAGGCCAACAUCACCACCACCACCACCGGGACUUCCACCAUCGGCAUCAACGUGGAUCGGCGGGAACGAUUAGCCGACUCUGAAAAGUCCACCUCCAGCAGGUCGGCAGUAGACGAGGGUCUCAAAUGGCGGUUCCCCGCGGACGAUAGGACACAGGCCAUGGUGGCGGCUGUGGAGAGCGGCUUUUGUCAGAACACCGUCCUCACCUUCAACUCCAAGGCGCCCAUCACCCCUGACCUGAUGGAGGAGGCGCUCGUCCACCUCUACGGCAAGAUCGAGUCACUCAGACUUUGCUUCCGGCAGCGGGACGGGCAGCUGUGGGUCACCGACAUGCCGCGACAAAAACUAGAUUUUCAGGUGGUGAACUACACGGACUUGGAGCACGAACACUCUGAACAGCAUAAAGUAAAAUUUGACCUCUACAAUGGGCCGCUGUGGAAUGCUCGGCUCAUGCCAUGUCCUCCAGAUGCUCCCUGUCCUCUCCCUGAAGUGAAGGCAGCAUAUCCUCAUCAGUGUCACCUCCUGAUGUCCGUCCACCAUGCUGCUAACGACGGAAUGGUCGUACUACUGAUGUCGGAGCUGCUGUCCCAAAUCAUCGACAGCCUCCUCGAGGGAUCACCCGUGGACACCAGGCCUGUCGGGGAGCUCCGUGACGGCGUGGAGGCCAGAGAAGAGGAAAAUAGGAUUAGGGAAGAACUGGAAAAGGAUCCUGAGAGACUUAUGUCGGCCAUCAGAAAACAUCUAGCGAGCAAACAUCUUCCUCUGCUCAUGGAAGCUUAUGGUGUCCCGAACGAAGCAAACCCAACUACGACGUAUUUGAAGACUUUGCUCCUCGACAAGCAGACAGUGGAGAAGAUCACUGCCAAGGCUCGCGCCACUGGCACCACCCUCAACGCCUGCUUCACUGCUGCCUUGAACGUGUCCAUGAUGGAGGUGGCGCGCGAGGGGGGUUUGGAAAAAGACGUCUACAGUAUUUCCACAUGGGUCCCCGUCGAUUCUCGCCGACUCAUGAAGAGCUGUAAGAAUCUUCCCCUUGGCUUCCAUGCCAUACCCUUCACGCAGUGCACCUCAACGCCACGUGAUGUGAAGAAAAACUUCUGGCAGUACGUGCAACACCUUGACACCGAGCUCCGUGGGAAGGUUAAAAGGAACUACAUGUGUGAACAGAGGGUGCUGGAGGCGCUGCUCAGGCCGGAGGGAUUUACGCACGAGGUUAAGUUUAGCGGUCUACAUAUCCCUGACUGUGACUAUCUUUUCUCAAACCUCUACUCUCCCAAUACCACUCACCAGCGAGGAGUUGGCAAGAAUGUUCAAAUAACAGCGGCGGGCAAUUACAUGAGCUUUCAUACAGGGAACACUGGUGUAGGACAAGGUGUAUUCCCGUUUCGUGACCAACCCCGCUUUCAGUUCGCUUACUCCACAGGAGUCUUGAACAGGAGAGUAGGUGAAAGAUUGCUCGCGAAAAACGUCUCUGUGCUCCAUGAUGUCUCCAAUAUGGUGGAGUAAAUGUAAAUGUAGAACUAUCUGGGUGAGAGCGCUUGCGCGGCGUCUAAAAAAAGAGUAAGCAGGUUCGCAACCCGCCCGCUGAUACAAACAAGCUGGCAACUUUUCAGUCAUCGCCGAGUGGCCAAGACUACCCACAUGUAGUCCUGAAGACCAUCAUCUAUCGACCCGGACUCAAGAUUCUCGCUGAAAGAGGAUCGAAAAUGAGCUCCUGGGGGCAGGAUGAGCCAAGGAAGAUGGCGCCACUAUAAACACCUUCCUGCGACAUAAUGGGCUGGGGUCGGUCACCAGGCACCACUAAGAAAGUAUACCAGUGUUGUGUACGUAGAUGUCCCCGUGUACGGAGCUGUCCUCGCGCGAAUUACGCAUUGUCAGAAGCGAAUGUUUACAAACAAAGACUUGCUGAUAAGCAAAGCUGUACGCAGGCGUCCCAUCGAUAACAUGGCUGCAGAUUUACGGGAUUAGAGACUUGCCAAAUUUAGGGAUGAAAUAGGUCCUUAACAGCAUCUUCUCUUAAAUGGACAUUAUCCACCAAACCUUCCAAGCAACCAAAGGAGAAGUCUAAUGGUUUCGUAUUCAACCAAACAGAAUGUCGUUAAUAAAAAAAAAUACCGUUAUGUGGUAGUUUUUAGCUUUUGAUGUGAGUCGUUCAAUUUCCUUCAAAUAUGUCCUGCGGGCAGGAGAUGGACCCUGACCUCCGAUAUAUAAGAAUGCAAUCUGCCCUAAACAAUUAUCAUAUGCACAUCAAGAUAGUUUUGUUUUGAUAUUACCACUCCCGUAUUUUUACCCGUGAAUCACUUCAAAAAGGCUAUUUAAUGCCCAUUCACUUCACUUAUUACAAAACAGAGCGCUGUAUUGGGUUCAUGAAUGUUUUUCCCAUGAAAGGAUAAAACAAUAUGCCCUCUCGUCUUUUAAAACACUGGUGGGACAUCCAUAUAUCCGCGACCAGCUGCGUACACAGAUCCUUGUAUAUAGCGGUUCGCCUUUUGUUUGUAAACAAAGCGGGGACAGUUUCGUACAAGGGACAUCUACGUACACAACACCGGUGCGGCGUCGUAUUCCGUCCCACUCUCGUGAGUCGUCUCAUUCUGCUCUGCGCAUGCGCAGAACUCAAUGUUUAGUAUCACAGUGUUGAUAUCUACGUUUUUCCCAGGCAAGAUGGCGGCGAUACAUCAUGUUAGUAUUCAUGAAAUAAUGGCCAAAUUCGAGGCUGCCAUGGACCCCGUUGCUCAGCUACUAUUGAAUGGAGAGUAUUCCGUAAACCUGACCUUGAAUCAGAGGAGAACUCUGAGUAGACAGAAGGACAAUCACAAGAUCAAAGGUAAGCUUAUUAUAACCUAUUAAAAGAUAGUGCAGUGAAUGAAAUGGACAAAAUAGCGCCCGCGCAUGCGCAGUUCAACUCCCGGCAAAGGGGCGGAAUACGACGGAAUACACCCGAAUGACACCACAAAAAAUUGUAUUGUAAAACAUGUACAUGUAUUUUCGGCUCAUUGCUCAUUUGGUUACUGUGACGAGGAAUAACGCUGAUAUUCAGAGUGACUCAUAUACAUGCGUGUUGUGACUCUAGUGCAAGUAUUUUCGACUCAUUAAUAAUUUGCUGACUAUGACGAGGAAUAUAGUUCAUAUACUGAAUGACGUCCAUAAACACAUGUAGUGUAACAAGAGUACAAGUAGUUUCGGCUCAUUACUGAUUUGCUAAAUUACUUUGACGAGGAAUAACGCUGAUACUAAGAGUGACUUCCACAAACAUUUGAGUUGUAUCAAUAGUACUACAAGUAACUUCGGCUCGUUGAUAAUUUACUUACUCUGAAAAUUAUAAAGCUGAUAUUCCGAAUGAUUUUCACAAACAUUUUUGUGGCACUAGUAUUAAGUACCUUCGGAUCAUUUCUCAUUUGCUAGUAUGACGAGGUUUAUAUACUGAAUGACUUCAAUAAACAUAUGUGCAGCAGCA